AUGGCUUGUUGUUUGUUUUGUGUCGUGUCAGCGAGUGCGGAGGAUUUCAGCUUCACGUGUCAGGGCGAGAACAUCUUCAUCGAGGGCGUGAGCGAUGCCGACGACUUUAAGAGGACCAGAGAGGCCUUCACGCUGCUCGGGAUAAAGGAGAGCAGCCAGAGCAGCAUCUUCAAAGUGGUCGCCUCCAUCCUCCAUCUGGGAAACAUCCAGAUCUGCUCGGAGCGAGACGGCGAGUCCUGCCACGUCUCGAGAGACGACCUCCACCUGCAGCACUUCUGCCGGCUGCUGGGCGUGGAGCUGCAGCAGAUGGAGCACUGGCUCUGUCACAGGAAGCUGGUCACGGCGUCCGAGACCUACGUGAAGAACAUGUCGAGCGUGCAGGCCGCCAACGCCCGCGACGCGCUCGCCAAACACAUCUACGCCCGCAUGUUUGACUGGAUCGUGGAGCACAUCAACAAGAGCCUGCAGACGGCGUCCAAACAGCACUCGUUCAUCGGAGUCCUGGACAUCUACGGCUUUGAGACGUUUGAGGUCAACAGUUUCGAGCAGUUCUGCAUCAACUACGCCAACGAGAAACUCCAGCAGCAGUUCAACUCUCAUGUGUUUAAGCUGGAGCAGGAGGAGUACAUGAAGGAGCAGAUCCCCUGGACUCUGAUCGACUUCUACGAUAACCAGCCCUGCAUCGACCUGAUCGAGGCGCGCCUCGGCGUCCUGGACCUGCUCGACGAGGAGUGCAAGGUGCCGAAGGGGACGGAUCAGAACUGGGCCCAGAAGCUGUACACGCAGCACGGCAGCAGCGCCCACUUCAAGAAACCUCGCAUGUCCAACAGCUCCUUCAUCAUCGCUCACUUCGCAGACAAG